AGACUCCAGCCAGAAGUAGGGCAUCAGGAUGGAUCAGUUCAACAAUGAUUGGGUUUGAAAUUCUGCAUGUGUCCCUCUGUGUCAUGGGUUUGCUCUCAGAGACUCUGUGCUCUUUAACUGUGGAGGUGGAAGCUGGAGAUAACGCCACUGUUUGGUGCCAACAUGAGCUGAGUGAUACAGGUUACAUUGUCUGGUUUAAACACACAAGUGCUUCGGUUCCACUUCUUCUUGGGUGCAAAAAGUUUAGGACAUCAGCUCCAGCACAAAACUGUUACUUCUAUAAUGAAAUUGAACGAAUAGUGAUGUCUGUUCAUGGCAAGAACACGUCUCUCACUAUCACCGCAGUAAAUGUCUCUGAUACAGGACUGUAUUACUGCAGCUUCAUAGAUCUGGACCAAGUGAACUUUAGGAACUCGACCUUUUUACAAGUGAAAGACAGAAAUAAAACACUUUCUGAGAACCUGGACAGAGCCAAAGAUUCAGUCUCUUGUCCUGUGUUCUUCAUACUGAAUGUGGUGUUUAGUGCAGUGAUUGUGAUUCUUCUCAGUGUCCUGAUCUUCAUCAUACUGAAGCACAGAGAGACACACAAAGGUGCUGGAGCAGAAGAUAACGAGGAUCUGGACUCGGACUCGUUGCGUUACGCUGCACUACAGUUCUCAAAGAAGAAAACCAAGAGGAGCGAGAGACGUGAUGAAAAUGUGUAUCAACAUGUUCUCUAUUUUUCUGUCAGACAAAGUAAUGUUUGUACAUAAUGUUAUAUAUCAGUUACUGUUUACUAAAUAUGAAACAGAUGUUUCUGAUGCUCUGA